AUGACGCGCUCCAAGACUUUUCAGGCAUACCUGCCGAGCUGCCACCGAACCUACAGCUGCAUUCACUGCCGAGCUCACCUGGCCAACCAUGAUGAGCUCAUCUCAAAGGUACCAAGCAGCAACAAGGACACUUUGCUCGUCCAACUUGACUCAUCUUACUAUUACUAUUGAAUUUCCCUUUGAGAUCAAUAAAGGUUAUCUUAUCUUAUAUCUUAUCUUAUCAGGUGUUGCCCCUAGAAACCGUUAGCGCAGUGACUGAAAAGUAGAGUUAGAUAGAUAGAUAGAUAGAUAGAUAGAUAGAUAGAUAGAUAGAUAGAUAGAUAGAUAGAUAGAUAGAUAGAUCUUUUUUUGAAAUCAAUAAAACUUUCAUGUUUUAUUUAUCUUUGUUGUUUACUCCAAAGACAAGUCACUCACAGUGAAGAAGAAGAAGAACUUUAUUAAUCCCCAAAGGGAAAUUCAAUUGUCUGUUGUCUCUCAUAAUAUGUCUCCAAAAGUUAUCUACUAUUUACACAAGACUUAUAAAGUCUGAUGGCUGUUGGUAUGAAAGAUCUUCAGUGUGGGUUUGCUCUUGUUCAAUUCAUAAAACAGUAAAUACUACUGAGUUAACAAUGGUUUACUCCACCAAAAAAAAGCAAAGAUUGAAGAUUGGAUAAGGAAUUACACGAAUAAACAACAGGCUGAACACCUGUGUUUUUGUCAUUCGCCACCACACUAUUGCCUGUGGAUGGAUUAUGUUUUAAGCUGGUUUAUGAAUUGGAUUAUGAAUGCACUAUCACUUUUUUCCUCUUGGGGGUUAUGAAAACACUGCUCACCUGUGCACAAAUGCCUUCAGCUGGUUGUAACAGCUGCGCUGCAUGAAUCUGCGUUAUGUGUCUCUUAGCAGUAGCAGCUUUAGUGUUGUUACAAUAAAGGCAUGCAUUGCUAGCUGAGCAGCAAGCUUUGCCUCUGUCUUUAGUAAUCUCACCAGUUUCAUACGGGCUGUAACCUGGCAGGCUCAUUAAAGUACAUGUUAAGAUGGAUUUAGUCAACCCUUUUUUAAAUGAGAGACUCCAGUGAAGUGAAGGCUUGUGUUGAAUCAACGGGGGCACUUUAUGAGGAAACUAAAAGGCUCUUAGUGUUUGACUGAGCUUUAUGGCUUUCAGGCAUGCUUGCAUCAUUUUAUAGAGUCGUUACACUGUUGAAGAGGAUUCUUGUUUCAGCUUUUUCACAUUUACCUCUGCAGUCGUUCCAGGGCAGCCAAGGCAGAGCCUACCUGUUCAACUCAGUGUGAGUAUCCCUCUAAAAAAAAGAUUUCAUCACACUUGGUCUCGGCAAUUGAUGUUAUGUGUGAGGACAAAAUGUGUUGCAUGCAAGAGUCAGAAAAGAAAUAAAUGAGCGUGCAUGCCCAGGCUUUUGUUUUCGAAGGCCUUGUGCAGCCUGUGCCUCGGAGCACUGUCAUUAUCAGCUGAAUUGAGUGUGAAAAUUAGGCUGUUGUAAUCUAUGCCCCCCUCUGUAAGAGUGGGUGUGAGGCUGUGACUCACUAUAAACAAAUCAUCCAGUACAGGCAACUUGAGCCGCUCGCACAUAACUGAUUUUUAACUUCUUUCUCCCUUCCUCUCUACUUAUCCUCCUCUCAGGGUGAACGUCGGGUGUGGCCCUGCAGAGGAGAGAGUACUGCUCACAGGCCUGCAUGCUGUAGCAGAUAUCUACUGUGAGAACUGCAAGACAACUCUGGGCUGGAAAUAUGUAAGUGUCCUAGACUAAUUGACGCACAGUAUUUCAAAACCCAAAUCCAAGGUUAGGAGAAGAUAAACCUGGGGGUUGUUUUUAUAGCACCCCCUAAUUUUAUUUGCACCCUAAUUAUAGUUGGAUCGCUUCUCCCCUCAGGGUCAAUGCAGUGGUACGGCUGUGGGAUGAAUUAUUAAUGCAGAAGACUUUUUUCUUAGCAGAUGGAAAUAUCAAGCAGCUGUCUUUGUUGCUUGCAGUGACUCAUGAGUUCAUUGCAUUAUAGGAAUUUUAAAAAAAAGUAUAUUUUUCACUCUUGAGAGCCAAUAUUGUGGUCAAGGAUGUGGUGGAACAUGUCAAAAUACACGUGCAGGAUGUGUUUGGGGGUAUUUUAAGGUUCUAUGUCAGGGUGAGCGGAACAGGAUCAACACUUGUUAGCUGCCUCCAUAUAUCAAACGAGCUGAGCAUGUGCAGCUGUCACCGGUGAACCUUGUCAGUGUCGAGGUGAGAGUUUACACUAUACAGCACGUGACUGUAUCCUUUAGGGGCAAACACAUACACACAUGCAAGCACAGUGCCCUUGUUGUUUGACUCCUGAGAAGGCCCAUUGACCAGCACUCUUUACCUAACCUCUAACUUCACCCCGAAAGUCCGGCCCCAAACCGGACUCUUUAAUCUUUCAGUCUAAAAAUACCUAUUUUUCCCUGUGAUGCCCAGUGAACACCUGGUCAACCAGCUGUAAAUGUGGACACUUUUCUGGGUAGUCUCUAUUCCUGUCAGGAACUCAAAGAGGUCAUCUACAAGCGCACACAGACACUAGAUAGGACUUAAUGGAGGCCUGCCAUUAAUAUCAGCUGCAGCAGUAUUGAUUUUCUGCAGCCAUCAAAGUUCCAUUGAGAGGCUUGACCUACUGCACUUCUAAACUGAGAAAUCUGAUAACGCUCCCCCUGCAGCUCUGAACCAAAAUAGACAAAGACAAAACAAGGUUCAGACACCCCACAGUCGAAGAACAUUUGUGUCAGCCUACUUACUGUGACACCGUUUUCUAGAGCGAGUGGGUGGUUUGGAGCAAGUACUUAAGGUUGCUAAUGGACUUGGAUGGGAAGAAGAAGUUGUUGUUUUGUGUCAUUUUUACUACAUUGACUGUAAUGAUUUAACAUCUACAUUUACAAAACAAACAUCCUUGACUCAGGGACUGGGUAAGCUGAUUGUUGCUCUUGUUGUUAUGAGGACCAGAAGUACCCAAAUUUGGGAAAAAGGGAUUUGGAACUGGAACACUUUUAGAUAGGAUUAGUCUCAGCAGUCACAUGAUGUGAAACAUAACUGAACUAAAUUGACAUCAACUCUUAAAAAAAUCAAAAUAAGGACAAUUAGCUUUUGAGAAGAUUCAUUCUGGAGAAUCAGGACUUCAAGGAUUCAAGGAACUUUAUUUGUCAUACGCCACGCUUCUGACAGUCUGUGGUACGAAAUUAGUACCCAGAUCUGUUUCCAAGCCAAGAAUGAAAUACAAUACAAUAAAUAAAAUACAAUACAAUAGAUAAAAUACAAAACAAUAACAAAAAGCAAAAUGUAAACAAAUUUAAGUAAGGCUUAAAUUAGCCCUGUUGCACUAAAAUUCCAGAUGAAAGCAGCAACUUGUUUUAUAAAGUGAUGUAGUGCAGGUUCAGUCAAUGGGUGGGGGUGGGGGUGGGGGGGGUGGGGGGGGGGGUAGAGGGAGAGGGUGUGUAUAUCAGAGGUAAGGAGCGUGUGUGUGUGUGUGUGUGUGCGUGUCACUAGACUUGGGGUCUAGUGAGCUAAAUUCUAAUAUAAACAUUUUAAAAUGAUCUCAAUAACAUUGUUUAUUUAUGGAUUCAUCUCAUGUAAACCUGAUAUUCAUUAUGUCUCUGUUGUGUCGUGGUGUGUGUGCCAGGGGUGGGAAUCACUAGUGGCCCCAUGACACGAUAUUAUCACGAUACUUGGGCCACGAUACGAUAUUAUAGCGGUUUUUAACAUUUUGCAAUACAGUAAGUAUUGUGAUACAAUAUAUUGCAAUUCAAAUUUUUCAACUGUUUAGCUAAUUUAGUGUUUGUCUUUCCUUUAUGUUUGUCUUUUUAACAUGGUAUUUUAUUUUUAUGUUGCACAUGACAAACAGUUGAUUUUAUUUGUCUAUUAUCAUAGAUUUGACUUCAUAUUAACAAUUCAUUUGAAAAAAUCGAUACUUGGUAAAUGAGACGAUACGAUAUAUCACCAGACAAAAUAUCGCGAUACUAUGCUGUAUUGAUUUUUUCUCCCACCCCUUGUGUGUGCAUGCUAACAUGGUUAAUAUGUGCUCUAAGGAGAUCACAGCUUGCAUAGCAGCAACUUUGCAUUAACUUGUGAUGUAAACUUUGAGCUUUUAGUUUCCUGUUCCUAAUACUUGCUGAAAAAUAAGCUCAGCUGAUUCCAGUUAUGGUCUUGAUUUCCAUGUGUUUUACAUGUUGAAGUCAUCCAUUGGCUUUAUAUUAAAUAAACUCUGCACCUCAAAGCUCCCUCCAUUAUGAAGCAAAGAGCUAAAAGGCUGAGAGCUGGCAGAUCAUGCUGGUGAAGCCAGGAGUAAAUAUGGUUGGUGGAAACCCCCUUCCACUAAUCAAAACACAUAUCUAACUAGCUCUCAGAUCCCUCUGGUACCAUUCACAGCAGAACAGGUUUGAGUUUCUGUUUGCUGGGAUUUCUUUAAGACUUAUUCUGACUUUCUGGUGGAACUUGGAUAAAACACCUCAUACAUGUUGCAGCCUGCUAAAUUAGAUCACGCAAAUCUUCGAUGGCUGAAGUGAGGCUCAGAUCGGUGGCUUUUUGCUUUUCUUUGUUUUCUUUGUGGACAGUGAUAGAUUUCACUAGACCCCAACUAUGUCAGAUUUAGUGAACAGCUGUAGCGAGGCUCAGACCUGUGCCUUUUUGCUCUUUUUGUUUUGUUUUCUUUGUGGACAGUGACAGAUUUCUUUCUGCAUAAGGUAUGACUAUCCGGUCCUGUCAGAGUUUUGGUUCUGCAGGCUCCUCUGCAGUGCUCACUGACUGACUGUUAUAUAACCAGCUUUCAGUGAGCCAGUAGCACAGACAGACAAUGAGUGAGCCAAAGAUUUGAAAACACAGCUAAAAAAGACUACCAAAAGCUGUUUUUUUUUUCCUGCCUCCUGCCAAAGUAACAAUCACAUUGUUGUUCUCUGUUUUUCUGUUGUUUGUAUUAAAUCCUGUCGCUCUGUCUCCCUUAUCUUCUGCCACUCCCUCCAGGAACAUGCCUUUGAGAGCAGUCAGAAGUACAAAGAGGGCAAGUUCAUCAUUGAGCUGGCCCACAUGAUCAAGGACAACGGCUGGGACUGA